AAGGAACUACAGUUGCCGCCUUCCCGAGAGACAUCUGUCGCCCCAAUGAGUCAAACAAGUGGAGGUGAGGCUGGGUCGCCUCCCCCAGCUGUUGUUGCUGCUGGAUUUGCCUCUGAAGCAGGGAGUGUCUGCAUUAAAAAUGACCUGUAGUUCUCUGCUUCAUAGGUUAGAAACUUAUUUUAAUAUUUUUUGGCUACAGACAGUCCCACUCUUUUAAAAAAUAAAACAAAAUUACACAAAUAUUCUAAUUGGCACAAAAUGUUGAGUACAAACACAUAUUUGUUAAUGGGGUUAAUAUGUAUAUAUGGUCAAUUUGAAUUUGGUUAAAAGGAAAUACCAAAAUUAAACAAAACCAAUAAAGAUUGGAUUUAUGUGCAGCCAAAACACUUGUAAAUGUAGAUUUAAAAAAAAAAAAAAAAAAGACAUUUACAUCAGUUGCACAGCUGAAACAGCUUGUGCACUUUAAAUUGACCUGUGCUCAUAUUUGGCCUUUCUAUUGAUCAAAGCAUUUAAAUUCCAAAGCUUUCCAUAUAUGAAACUUUUUUUUUAUGGGAGCGAAACUUAAAUCAGAUACAAAAUAAUUUAAUUCCAUCGGGACUGCUGGCCAGUGCAGGAGAAAAUAUGUGUAUUUACUUUUGGAUUGUACACUGCAGAUGCUUCAUCUUCCUCCUCUUCCACCAUGGGCGGUGCUCGCAGCUCCUUUAUCACCACUUCCAGCCCUACAAUUUACUCUACCUCACUCACGGAUACCAAAGCUAUGCAAUUGGAGAAUUGCUCCUCAGCCGUGGGGGUAAGUAAACCAAGGGUAAGUGAACAGCUGUUAAACAGUAAUGCGGGCCAGCCACAGCAGUCCAUGCCAUUGAGAUGGACGGUCCUAAACAUUUCACCUCCACCAGAAGACUUGCUGGAUAACAGUCGCAUGUCCUGUCAAGAUGAGGGGGGUGGCUUGGACUCUGAGCAUAGUUGCAGCAUGUGGACUGAAGAUUCCACCUCCAACUUCAGCAACAUGAGCGCCCAUUCUUACAAUGAUAACACUGAAGUCCCACGUAAGUCACGCAAGCGUAACACGAAGCAGAGGCCUGGGGCAAAACGGCGGGAUUCUAAUAUGGACAUUUUUGAUGCUGACAGUGCCAAAGCUCCACACUACGUGCUCUCCCAACUCACCUCGGACAGCAAAGGCAACUGCCAGACUGGAAAUGGAGCAUUGGAGAACCAGAAGGUAGUGAAGAAGGGCUCACUUUUGUGUGAGCAAUACCCAAGUAAAUCUGAAGGAAAGGAACUCAAAAUAGUGGUGCAGCCGGAGACACAACACCGUGCCCGAUAUCUGACUGAAGGGAGCAGAGGCUCUGUGAAAGACAGGACACAACAGGGCUUUCCUACAGUAAAGCUGGAAGGUCAUAAUGAGUCUGUGGUUCUUCAAGUGUUUGUGGGUAAUGACUCUGGACGAGUAAAACCUCAUGGAUUCUACCAAGCCUGCAGGGUGACUGGUAGAAACACUACCCCAUGCAAAGAAGUGGACAUAGAGGGAACAACUGUCAUAGAGGUUAUGCUUGAUCCAAACAAUAUGAUGACUCUUGCGGUUGAUUGCGUUGGGAUCCUGAAACUGAGGAAUGCAGAUGUAGAAGCACGUAUAGGACUUGCUGGUUCUAAGAAAAAAAGCACUCGUGCUAGGCUUGUGUUUCGGGUAAACAUCACCCGGAAAGAUGGUUCUGUUUUGACACUACAAACAACCUCCUCCCCCAUUCUUUGCACCCAACCUGCUGGAGUCCCUGAGAUUUUAAAGAAGAGCUUGCACAUCUGUUCAGUGAAAGGGGAAGAAGAAUUAUUCUUGAUUGGCAAAAAUUUUCUCAAAGGGGCAAAAGUUAUUUUCCAGGAGAACAUCUCAGAUGAUACUUCUUGGAAAGCAGAAGCUGAAAUUGACAUGGAAUUGUUUCAUCAGAAUCAUCUUGUUGUAAAAGUGCCACCAUAUCAUGACCAGCAUAUUACUACUCCUGUUUCUGUUGUGAUAUUCAUAGUUACAAAUGCAGGGCGAUCACAUGAAGUGCAGCCAUUCACCUACACCCCAGACCCGUCCAUUCCUGUAAAUCUUCUUGUAAAGAAAGAGGUACCCAGCCCAACACAAUCAUGUACUUUUGAAGAAUCUAUGAAAGCACCAAAUCCAUCUGGCGGAAACCUUGAGCAAGCUAAUUUACUUCCAAGUUCACGGGGAUCUCCAAUCAAAUCAAGCAGUAUAAUCAAAAACGAAGAUGCCCCUAUGGAGCUCCUCACAGGAGAGCAAAGAUCCUCGCCUGCAUAUAAAGCUUCUAAGGUUGUUGCAUCAGGUCAACAAAAUCCUGAAAAUCCAACAAGCAGUGGGUCAUUUUCACCAUCUGUAUCCCAUCUGACUCCUGACAGUGAUCAUCAGACUGCAGUAGAAGUACAAAUGUUUAAUACAGAACCUCUGUCCACCAUUCAGACACAAGAUAUUUCACAGACGACGAGUAGCUUUCAAGCUGUUACACCUUCCAACCAGUGUCAGAGUAGUGAUUCCAUAAUGCAACAGGGAUCACAAUUUCAAGCAAUGGAUGGACAAUCCAUAGACACAGUACAAUCAGACAGAGCCAUUGUCACACUUUCACAGAUGACUGAAGCCGCACAACAGUCUCAACAACCAACAAUGCAGGAACAAGCACAAACAUUACAACAGAUUUCCUCCAAUAUGUUCUCAUCGUCAAACAGUGUUAACCAGUUGCAAAACACCAUGCACCAACUGCAGACUGGUAACUUUCAGUCUAGUGUCAGUGGAAGUAGCUCAGAUGUAAAUUUGGUUCAUGUCCUGGAAGCUCAACAGCAGUUGUCUUGUGUGCUGUUCCCUGGGCAAGGUACCAGUGAAAACAAACAACCAUCAGUGGGUCAAGUUCAGGAACAACUUAAUGCAGGGAUAUUUCAACCAGUCAAUUCAAUCCAGAACACUGCAAAUACUGGUUUAUAUAACACCUCUGAAUCUGUUCUUUCCAGAUCUGAAAAUGUACUUUCUGGCAGAUCUGAUAACAUCCUACAACAGACUGAUAAUGCCUUGUCAAAUCAGCAGCAGCAAGCUAUGGAAACCACAGCUGCCCUUGUCAUGGAGAUGCAGCAAAGUAUUCAUCAGACACAAGGUUCCAUUCAGUCUGAGCUUUUUCAGCCGCAGAACUCCAGCUCAGGAGGCAUCCAGUCUCCUGUGUACCAACAAGCCCCCCAUUUAAUUAGUGGGCUUUCGGCAAAUGAAGAAAUUCAGAUGCAGUGUGAAAUGUUCCCUAACACAAAUGUCUCUGGGAAUGAAGGGAAUACAGGUCAGCAGCAGGUGUCUGCUCCUGGCUCCCAUAUGUUCCAACCUUCUACCUCUGUGGAGAAUGACAGUGCUGCAGCCCAGGCAGAACAAAUGCAGCAGUUCCAAACCAUAGUGCAGAUGCAGCACAGUGGCGAAAGCCAAGCUCAAGUAAACCUCUUCUCAUCAGCAGAAGAUAUGAUUGGUGUUCAGACUGGUGGGAACCAGCAACAAGGAAAUGGACUAUUCCAGCAGGCGGGGGAUAUGAUCUCUCUACAGCCAGGUAGCUUCAUGCAACAGUCUUCUCACUCCCAUUCUCCACUCUACCACAACCAGAAUACCAUAGGAGACAACCAGAACAUGAGCCAGGAUUCUCAGCGGUCACUGUUUCAUACAAACAAUCCUAUGAUACAACAUCAGAAUUCUACACCACAAGAACAAUUGCAUUCUCCUUUGUACCAUGCACAGACCACAAUGUCUGUAAUGCAAGGCUCCUCUGUCCCAGCAGAACAGUCUCCUCCUAACCUUUUCCUUGCUCAGGGUGCCAUGAGCUCCCUACAAAGCAGUUCUGUGCCUCAAGACAAGCAACUAUCAUUUUUUGCAGGUCAGAAUUCUCUUACACAGAUCCAGACUGCUUCAAGUGCAGAGCAGCAAGCAGCUUUCCAACAGCAAGCCCAGCUCUCCCACAUGCAGAGUUCCAUGAUAUCUCAGGAACCACAGCAGCAGUCUUCACAAAACAUGUUUCCAACACAGAAUCAACAAACUAAUUCAAUAUUCCAAGCAACUCAAUCCAUGGUUGGAAUCCAGAACAGCUCCACUCAACAUGAUCAGACUCAAACCCUUCUUUAUAAUGCACAGAAUACAAUGGCAAACAUGGGCUCACAGGAACAACAACAAAAUAUGAUGUACAGUUCUAGCCAGGAGCAGUCAAUGGCCACCCAAGAGCAGCAGAACCAAGCUCUGUUUCACUCACAGAAAAUGGAGUUCCAAGCCCAGAGCCCUAUUUCUUCUCAUCAUGAACAGCAGCAGUCUCCCAUGUACCACAAUUCUCCCCAGCUCCAGAUGGUCCAGGCAUCCCCCACCUCCCCAGAACAGGUGACACUAUUCAUGUCGUCUGCCUCAAUGACAGCCCUACAGAAUAGUAUAAGUCAACAGGAACUGCAGCAGGCGAGCAUAUACUCACAGACUAUGCAGGGCAGCUCGCCUCCAUCUCAGCAGCAGGCUGCUAUGUUCCACUCCACAGGUGGAGCUAUGAACCAAAUGCAGAAUCCGCCAGCGUCUCCACAGUCAUCAGGAAUGUUUCUGUUUGGAAUUCAGAACAAUUGCAGUCAGUUGAUGUCUUCUGCGCCUGGAUCCUUGCAAGAACAGAUGAUGGCUUUGAGUCAGACAGGGCAGAAUCAAGGAGAUGCACAGUCUGUUAGCACACUUCUAUCUCAGCAAAUGACAGAGACAUCAUCAAUAACGUCAGAUCAGAACAUGGAGAAGAUCACUGACUUGUUAGAAUCUCUGCAGAAUCAAGGAAACAGUAUCUCUGGUUCUUUUUAACAGAAUCCACAAGAGGUCUACAGUGAUGGGGAUUGUAAAGACUGACAAUAUAGAACUGUGUUGUCAUGUCAGCCAUGGUCCAAAAAGGAUUGAAGUGUCGUGUCUUCUGGGCUCUUUGUCAUAUUUCGUGACCAAAGCCACAAAGCUAUUGGAACGUUGCACUCCAGAAAGCAAUAGACAGAGCUUUGCUUCAAUGACCGCAGUUGUGAUGUUUACCUUUUAUUUAGUAAUUGUCCACAUAAAUCUGUUAUGUGUAGGUGUAUGUAUAAAUAUAUGUAUAUAAUAUAUAUAUAUUUUUCCCUCUGUUCUUCUCUGAAGGAAUACAUUUUCUUGCCCAUAUAAGCUGUGACGAUGAGCUCAGCAGUGGGGGAUUCUCGCUUUGUGUCUGCCACAUGAGCUCCGUGCGACAGCACAUUGUUGUUCUCAUAGCUGCUGCGGUAGUAUUACAAGUGGUCAAUGAAAUGUUUGUACAAAAGUGCAGAGUUCUAACCAAGGCUGCUGGUGGCUACAAGAGACAUGACUCUGGCAGUCCUGUCUCUGAUGAUUAAUUACAGAAAAGCACCUGUUAACACAGUCUCUGCGGUGCACUGCUGCAGAAGUAUUGCGGGACGUUCUAGCUGCAGAAGUGUGUAUGCAUAUAUUGGAUGUGUUUUAGUGACUGCUUUGCUUUCAAUUGAUUCUUUUAAUCCCCUUUUAAUUGAUUGUAUCGUCAAUUUUAACUGGAUUUUUUUUCCGCUGUACCUAGUGUCCGGUCACACCGCAUUUAAAUUUUAAGUAAAUCAACAUGCGGACACAGUGGCCCAAAAUUCACAGUCCUCUUUGGCCUCACAAGUUCCUGAGCUGUUUUGUGUAGCGGAUUCAAUACUGAGGUACACUCCUUUCACUAUUCUUUUGUGAAUUGGCAGCAUAAAAUAAUAUUGGAACUGGUGAGGCUAAAGAGGGUUGUUAGUGAAUUUUGCCCAGCAAGCUUCCUCAUAUUGAGCCAUGUAGAUAUUUUUUUCCUCCCCGCUUUGUGUAUAAAUGUGUUUUUCAUUACUUUGUGUUUUUACUAAAUCUCUCUUAAUGAGAUAUUGGUAAGCAGUUCCAGUGGUGCAGAUAUGAAGGGAACUUUUUUUUCCUCAGAGGCCUGUCCCAGGUCAUGUCAUUUUGAAUACAGUUUUCAAUCAUUCAAGUUUUUUUUGGAUGGUUUAUAUCUGAGUGUAUUUUCUUUUUUUCUUUUCUUAAAGCUAUAUUUUAUAUCUAGGAAACGUGUAUUUUUUUGCUCUAUACACUGAUCAAGUGCAUUAGCAGAAGUAUAUAAUUAUAUACAAAUUUAUAUAUAAAUAUUAUACAGAAGAUAUUAUUUUGCACACCUUUUGUGGCAAGUCAUGUGAGUCAUUUUCUCUGUGCUCCCUUUAAGAAGAGUGCAGAUUAAGAAUGGGAACUGUGCUGGUUUGAAGGAACAGUUUUCACAAUCUACAGAGAUGUUACCUUAAAAUAUUUUUGUACAUCCAUAUCUCCCAGCCAAAUAUAGUGUUGAUAAUCUACUGUAGGCAGAAUCCUUUGUUUCAGAGUAAGCUCUUCUUUUCUAUUAACAGCUAUGUCACAUCUCUUUCAGAAUACUGUACUUUCCAGCUUCUACUCUUAAUAUAAAAAAAACCUUGCUUGUUCGAUUUGUUUUAGUAUUACAAUACUGAAAUUAUUAUAAGCUGACCACAAGUAAGCACUACUUGCCUAUUUUGGCAACUUCGUACCCCAUCUGUACUUAUGUUUAUACAAAAUGUUUCUAUCAUAUAUUGAAUGCAUAAGGCUAAUAGAUAAAGGGGAUAAAAGACCACAUUUUUUUGGCCUUUACCUCUUAAAGGGACAUUAAAUACCUUUGUUUUAAUAUAAAAUAUUUAAUUAUAUGUAGUUUAAAAAAAAAAGCUUUGUGAUAUACUUUUUAUUUAUUUUACACACUUUACAUGUAAUUUCGUUCAGGAUUUUUCCUGUUAAGUGUAAGGGCAGACUUUAGACUUAACACUGCUAUAUUCUACACAGUCAUUAGCUGCAGAUUUAAGUGACCGAUUUGUAACAUACCUAAUUUGCCUCAGCUGAGAAGGAAACCUAGGUUACAACAUGGUGGAGCCUAUUGUUUUAUGGACACUAUUUUAUAUUUUUUUUUAAUAUUUCAACUACUAAUAUAAUUUUAAAUUUAAGACAUUGCAUAUUAUCAGGCUAAUGUUUGAUAUAGUUAUAUAGUGUGUUUAAUGUCCCUUUUAAUUAGACAUAUGUUUCAGUUCUGUGUGUAAGGACUUCGUUUCUACCGGCUAAUAUAGUAGUUAAUCUAGUUUUGUCCGUGUGUAUGUGAAGCUUUACACAGGUAAGCCUUAAUUCUGUUACCUAUAUAAGAAAAAAAGUUUAUCAGAAAAUUUGGAAAUGACCAAAUACAUUUUUGCCAGAAUAUUUGCUAAAAUAAACAGACUAAAUUUGAAAUGGUUUUGUGGUAUUCAGAAAAGAGGUUUGUGAUGUUGAGAGAAGAUGGUCUCACUUUUCACUAAAACUCAGUAAGAAUUACUGAAUAAAAGUAUAUUUUAUAUAUAUAUAUUGAGGUAUUUGUUUUACAAAUCUGUUUUUAAAAUGUUUUAUACUUCAUGGACAGAGUUUAAGAAAAAAAAAGGCACACAAUAUAGUUAUGAAGUAUCCAUUAACCUCUCACCUAUGUGUGAACCAGCUUCUAAUGUAAAUAGGUUAGUUCUCCAAUUCCAAUAAAAGUAGACCUUAGCCUGUCAAGUGUAUUAUUGGUAGAGCACCGGUGAAAAGUAUGGAUAUUAUAUUCAUGGUUAGAGGAUAAUUUCUCACUGGCAGAUUAGAGUAGUUUUAUUUGCCAUUUUCCCCCAAAUAAUAGAUCUACAAAUGGUUCACUUUUAGCAGUUUCUGGGCUUGCCCAGAAUAUUAUAUUUAUGCUAAAUCUAGUAACAAAGUGUUUGUCAUAUACCACCUUUUCAUUAAAUAGUGUAAAAGCAGAUGCCUUAAUUGAGGGUUCUCAACCUUUGCAUGGUAUAAACCAACCCUCCAAUCCGCAGCAGGAUGAGCACAGGUGGUUAAUUUUUCUGGCUUCUAGUUCUAUGUGUCUUGCUAUCCGGCUCUUCAUGCUAAAGCUCUUGUUUAGUUAACUUGAGACUGCUGCAUGUCCAAGGGUGCAGCCAGUCUGGGACCAAGCUGGUUGAAGAAAAAAAUCACUUUAUUUUUUUAAGUGUGUUUUUGACCAGGUGUGUUCAGAAUAAAGGGCCAGAGGACCCUUGCUGUAAGAUGCAUAAAAAGGAUUCUGGGACUAAGGCUCAGAUCAGCAGCAGGCGCUACCAAGAAAGAACUUUAGAAUCUGCUCCAAGAAUCGCGGCCCACACCUAUAUCAAUCUGGUUUGUUGUAGCACUUUUAAGACAGAAGUGUUAUGGAGUCUUCUUAAAAAAAUUUAAAGGGACAUUAAACUAAUUUCUACAUAAAUGAAUAAUUGUAAUGUAUAUUCAUUAUUUAAAAUGUUUAGGUUGCUUUUGCCUCACACUCUAGAGAGGUUAGUGAUUAGCCAUAGUUUAGGGUUUAAGGUUAUUUUUGUACUGCAAAAUUUUACUUAUUGCACUAAGACAAUUUCAUGUUUUCACAACAUUUCUUUUGUAAGCAGGUAGUUAAAUGCAAAUAUAAGCUAUACAUAUAUAGUAUUUAAUAGAGAUCUGCAUUCAGAUGCUGCUCAGCUGUUUGUGUUGCCAAAUUCAUUCUUGUGCAACAGCAAGACACUAAAAUCUAGAUUUGCACAGAUUUCAGCGUGUUGCUGUUGCAGACGAAUGAAUUCGGCAACGGUAAUAGCCAAGAGGCAUUCGGGGGUUCACCAAACCUCUGCAUGCACAUCUCUAGUAUUGUGCCUUUUUGUGUAUUCUUUAUAGCCUUCGAACUAGAAUUUUGCAUUAACAUUAGUUCAUUCACAACAUUAUUUGUAUUCUCUCCAGGAGGUUGUGGCUAAUACAUCCCAUACAACCACUGAUUUGAUUAAAUGCGACUUUCUUUACAUACAUUCUGGACAUCUAGAACAGAUAAUGGUUUUAUAAAUCUUAGAGGUGUUUGUUUACCACUGUAAAUGUUGUUGCAUCUUAAAGGAGUUGUUACUAAAAUAAAGCAUAUUAGUUUUCCCUCCCCCUAAAUAAACUUAGAGAUUAUGGUGCAGGUUACUACUGGCAACAACGUGAACACAGCACUUUUUAAAUUUGAAGUGAAGCUAAAUUAUGUAAAGGUUUAACUUUUUUUUAUACAAUUAUUUUAUAUUUACAGAGCUAAUUCAUAACACUGCAAUGUCAAUGCUUCCCAUACAUAACACAUUUGGAUUACACUAUAAAAUAUGUUCUCCUUGUAUAUUUCCUUGUCAGAAACCUUCUGAUCUUCCGCAAAAUAUUUUAUUUUAUACAGUAUGUAUAUAUAAUAUUUCUUGGCUUCAAUUUAACUUUCAUGCAUUUUAAUUCCUGCUCUAUUAUAUGCAUACAAAUAAAUUACUUUGACGUCCCUUUAAAUACAACAAUGCAAUAGAAAGCAAAGUUUUAGGGUUAAGGAAAGUGUAAAUAUUUUUUUUUUUUCUUUUCCAAAUUAUCACUAAGUAUAUAAAAAUAUCUUCAGCAAAGGUUUAUUAAUUCCUUAGGAGCAGAUUCUGGAACUGACCAGUUGAUCGUCUGCAGCUUUAGAGCCUUCCACUUUGUUCUCUGAGCGAGCAGUGCACAUGUUCUGUUAAAGGGGUAAUGACAGCUUUUAUACCAGCAACACAGAAGCUUGUUAUGUUAAGGGGCAGAAGUGUUUUUAGCAAUCUUGUAAUAACGUGUUAAAUAUUAAACAAAGAUAUUUUGCUUCUAUUGGGACAUUUGUAUACUCUUUGCAAUUAUAUUUCUGUAAACAGCUGAAAUAAAUAAAGUAUUGAAAGUUUUCA